AUUCCCUUCUUCUUUUGUGUCGUGUCUUUUUAUAUUGUAAGCCUGAGGUCAGGGAGAUGUAGGCCGCCCUGAGGGCCUUUCUGGCCGAUGAUUGGGGCAGAAGAAAUAAAACAAGCGAAAUAUUCCCACAAGACUACAACUCCCAGAAUGCCUCGGAUCCCCUUCUGCCGCGUGAUUGGUCCUCCCCUUCCUCCUCCCCGAUUGGACAAACCGACGCCUCCCCAGAGGCCCUUCCUCGCCGGUGAUUGGUCGGCCGCCCUGAGGGAAAAUGGCGGACGUCGACGCUCUGGCCCGUCUCCUCUCUCUGGCCUUCCCUCAGAAGACGGAGGAGGCCUAGGCCUCUGAGGCGCCUGGUUUCUGAAGGGCUUGGCCCCGGGCAGGAGGCCAGCGGAGCGGCUUCUUCUUGGCCCCCGUCGAGCCGGGGCUCCCUCUCCCUUCGCCCUCCAGGGAGGAAAAGGUUAUUGCCGCUGUUGCGAUCGACGUUGCCGCUCCCAGGCAGAGCGAAUGCCUUCCGAGGCUCUUCUCUUCCCCUCCUCCUCCUCCUCCCUUUUAAUAUCUGUCCUCUGUUUAAAGAGAAGAAGAAGGCGAGACUCUGCAUAGACUGGAACCUCGCCCCUGAGAAGCUGAGCAGGACCUUUCGGGGUGGGAUUAAAGGUGCCUUGCGCUCAGUUAUCUUCAUGGAAGCCUUUCCUUAUUCUCUUUUCAAAGCGCUCAGUGAUUUCACACGGCGGGGCCGAGGCAGUGCUCCAGCCCCAGGACCAGCGCAGCUUCUGGCCUCGGAAGGAGUGUGUCCCGUUGAAGCAGCAUCCCUCCAAAGGGGCCCCAAGCAGCCCUACUUUGGCCUGGCUCUUUGGGCCCUCAAUGACUAAUCUGGACCCAAAGAAGUGUAAGCAGCAGCUUCCAAAGUGAGGCAGCCCAGGCUGCCUUUGGCUUCAGCCAUUGUCAUUCAUUCCCUGUCUGUUUGUGUGCAGAGACCUCUCUGGUGCCCAGAGGAGCAUCUCCUGAAGAACCUGUUACGGAGCUAGAAGGCUUUCGUCUGGUUUCGCUUCUGCUGCGUUUGUGGCGCGGUACGUGACGCACGGAAAAACAGCAUCAGAGCUUAGACACUGGCAAGAGAAGGAUUGAACUCUAAGCUGAAUCCUGCAGCCAUGCACUCCUCCUGCCAGCCUUCACAAGGGGAGAGGAACAUUUAUUAUAUCCUGACUGAAAACCAACCCUAUGGCAGUAAGCUAUUUCCUGCAGGGAGUAUGUGUUACCUGAAAGAACAGACCUAUCUACGGCACAUUAGCAUGGCAUCCACGCGUUUCUGGAGGUUCGUCAUGGAAGAUGAUGGUUCUGUUGUCACAAUGGACGUUGAAAGUCUGCAGCCUCUGAGUGACAAGGUGGUUGGUUUCCUUUUGGCUAUCACCAACGUUCAGGAACGGUUGAACUGCUUUCUGGAAAGGCAUGUUCUGGAUGCUGCCUUGAAUGCUAGGCUGGGUCAACAAGUCUUGGUAGAAUUAGACUGUGAGACGUUCCUUGGCACCAUCUGCUACAUUGGGAAACUCCAUAGAAGUCCUUUACCAUCUGGACACUCUCCUGUUUACUUUGGAGUGGAGUUGAAGGGUAAUGGAGUAGGCAAGGGCCAUUGCGAUGGUACCUAUAAUCGAAAAGAAUACUUCAGGUGUAAACAGAAUUGCGGCCUUUUUGUGCCGCUUAACAAACUGCAGUUUCUACAAGUACCGGAGAAUGGAAAAGAGGAGGAAAAAUUGGAUGAAGUUGUGGUGAUGCCAGUGAAAGUGGGGGAUACCAUUGGCUUCUAUUCAGAUGAUGCCUUCACACGUGGGAUAGCCAUGGAUGUAUAUAAAGAAGGAAGCACCUGGCUGGUUAAAGUAUGUCCGGAGGAAGAAGGGUCAGCAGAUGAUUUCCGAAUUAUCCCCAUGGAUUCUGUGGUGAAGGAGGAACUGCUGUCCCCAGGUUUUGAAUUGGAAACCGAUAUUGGAUCUUUUCAAGAACAGCUAAAGCGCAAGCGAAGUCAGAGCACAGAGGAGAAGGAAAAGAAGUCACCUUCCCUUGGUGUCAACUCCAUGGUUCAGAUUAAUUUAGAGAAGGGGAAUUCAGUCACGGGAACAAUCCGCUGGAUUGGCUGCCUGCCUAAAAUGCAGCACAAAAUGGCUGGGAUUGAGCUGGAUGAAGAGAAGGGAGUUUCAGAUGGAGAGUUUGAGGGAGUGCGCUACUUCCUCUGCCCUCCAAAGCGGGGGCUCUUUGUGAAGCUGGAGUCAUGCCAGCCAGAUAUGCGCUUUCAGUCUAAGACACAAACUUCUUGGGAGCCCACUGACCUGGAAAAAUAUUCUGGUGGAUUGGAUGCAGCAGGUGAGCUGAGCAACUCCCCUCCCCUCAGGGACGACAUGGCUGUGAAUGUCCUACACGGGCGGAUGAGAGGGAUCCAAGGCCACUGCAACUCCUGUUACAUGGAUGCUGCACUUUUCAGCCUCUUCUCCUGUACCUCUGUGUUGGAUUCCAUGCUCUACAAGCCUGCCCUCCCACAGGAUGGGCAUGUUCAGAAGAUCCUUCGAGACAAAAUCGUCAACCCUCUCAGGCAGAAUGGCUUUGUGGCUGCAAGAAGUGUGAUGGACCUUCGACAUCAGCUGACUGAGAAGGGAGAGUGUUCAAGCUUUGCCACUUCUGAGAAAGACCCGGAGGAGUUUCUGAAUCUCAUUAUGCACCAUAUCCUGGGAAUAGAGCCACUUUUGAAACUGCAGUCUGGGAAGCUCAAGGAGCAAGAGUGUUACUGUUACCAGAUAUUCAUAGACAAGCAGGAGGAUUUGGUGGUGCCCAAUGUUCAGCAGCUGGUAGAACAUUCCUUCCUUUCAUCUGAUCUCAAACUGGUGGAGAUUCCAUCCUGCUUUAUCAUUCAAAUGCCACGUUUUGGAAAGGAAUACAAAAUGUUCAGUAAAAUCAUCCCUUCAUUGGAGUUGGACAUCACUGAUCUGCUGCUGGAUAGUCCCAGGGAGUGCUUUGUGUGUGGAGAUGUUGCCACCCAGGAAUGCUCAGCAUGCUUUAAAGACAAGAAGUUUGCAGACACGGGCCUGAAGCAAUAUUGUGAUUCUUGUUGCAGCCAGGCUCACUCUCACUACCAGCGCAAAGGCCAUCAGACAACCAAAUUGCACAUCCCUGAGGAAUUUCGCAGGGAUGGCCAUCAUGGCAGUCUGCGGGUACCUAGGGAGAAGCUGGAGCUCUUUGCUGUUCUCUGCAUUGAGACCAGUCAUUAUGUCUCCUUUGUGAAGUAUGGACCAGAGAAAGAGAACUGGAUGUUUUUUGACAGCAUGGCAGACAGGCAUGGUGAUGAGAAUGGCUACAACAUUCCCACUGUGACGCUGUGCCCAGAGGUUGCCAAGUACCUGGAGAUGCCAGUGGCCACCUUGGCCAUGGAACAGCCGAGGGACAUGGAGGGAGUGGCCAAGCGCCUCUUCUGCGAUGCCUACAUGUACAUGUACCAAAGCAAGAAAAUGGCACUUUACAAAUGACGGGUAGAUUGCAUCAUGUCACAAACGGUGAAGCACUGCCGUCUUCUUCUGAAACUUCACUUGUCCUGUUUACAGAAUUGCCUUUGGAGAAGGGAAUCAGUGGAAGUAGAUUCACUUUGGCAAUGGUGGCAAUUCACGUCAUCUGCAAUCCCAGAUUUAACAGCAGCAUAGGAAUAACUUGUUUCACCUUUCUGGUUCCUACCCUGGGUCUAGCGAACCUUUCCCACAAGUUCUUGGCAUUUAGGUGAACUGACUUUCCUUUCACUUGGAACUGUAGUGUGAAGAACCUUAAGGCCAGGCUGGGGCAGAGGCUGCUUGUGCUGUGACUCUGAAUCAGGAAGGGGCUUGGCCUGAUUUUUCUCAUCUGGGUUCUAUGAAUCCAAAUCUCAGUACGAUUUCCUCUUCCUCCCGUCCUCAUCAGCAGGGAGGUGGGAACAGACUAUCUCAGGCAAUAAACUCUCUCUGCGUUUAGUUCUAGGUUGGACCUGGAAUCCUACGGGCUCAGCAACAUCUGCUCAUUUGCACAUGGGGUUUAUCUGUAACCCUGGGUAGCUAUACUUGCCCUGUGUGCACACAAAUGUCACUUUAGUUUUCUAAAGCCUCCCAAUUUUAGAUCAAGACUCAAGCUUCUUGAUGGUGGGGUCUCCAGCUUGGUGUGCACUUGGAGUCAAAGUCUUGGUUCUCAGCUGUGCCUGGGCCAAGCAAUUAAGGGAAAAGAUUGCCCAGGUUUGUGGAGGGUCCCCCCCACACACAUCUUUCCUGCUUCAAUCUUUCCCACACUGAUAAGAUUCACAGAGCCACAGAGGUGUGAGGGGACACAUGCAGCCUAUAGUUAAUGCACUUAAGGGAGCAGUCCAUGCAGGAGUAACAGAAACUGUCACUUUUAGCCCCCAUCUGUGUUUUUGUGACUGUCUCCUAGAAGUAGGUACAACAGGCCUUCUUCCCUCUCCUCCCAAUUUAUGAAAAAGUUUCUCUGUAAUUUUUCUCUUUUGGGAUAGACUGAUUUUUUCUUUUUCAAUUGAUAAAAUGGCUGGACAGUCAGAUAUCCCCCCAGUACUAUUAAGCUGGAAAACAUUAUUAUUAUAUUAUUAUUUUGCCUAACAUACACAAGAACCCUGUCUUCUGUAGAUACACAAUAAUAGGGGGAAUAUCUUUUGAUAGAUUAAAAGAAAGUUGUUGCUUUUGUCUAGUAAGUAGUGUGCAAUAAAUCCAGGGCGAGGGGAAGGCAAAGUGCCUUAUGCACAGGGAAAACUCCAUAGACACUGGACCUAUGAUUGUCAAGUGUUUCCACACUUUUCAGAGGAUGUAGCUCUUGAACUUUCUGAAUGUAAUCUUUUGCAUCUGCAAGCUGUUAGAACUUGGAAAUAAGAUAACUGGGACAAACUAAUUAAUGCAAGUUGCCUAAUUGAGACUAGUUAAUACCAGUUACCUGGCAAUAAACGGGACUCAUGCUGUGACUGUUACCUUUUGUUUGUUGUGAUCUAGCAUGAGAAGACUAGCUAUUGGGAUUCUGCUUGCAUCUGAAUCGUUCUGUGCAAUGUCUGUCCUCUUUGCUGGCUUGAUCAAUGUUUCUGCCUCCCUCUGUUUGUUGUUUAAAAUGCUGGAGUCUGUGUUGGUAAUAAUUGUUGUUGUUUUUCUCUAUCUCAUUAUUUUCUAUAACUUGUACCUUAAACAGUCUCAGGAAAACAGAAUUGACUUUUUUGAUAUGUCAGUGUAAUGUCAGUUUCCAAUUCUAAAAUGUAUUCCAACAAUACAGCUUUAUCUGUUUUUGA